AAGAAAAAUUUCCUUUGGCUUGAUGAGGUGAAAUUUUUUCGGAAAAGUGUGUAUUCAUUUUAAAAGGAGUGUCUAUGUCAUCAAACAUUUGUUUGGCACUUUCAAACUGUCCCAUUAGUGGUAGCACAAGUUCAUGUUCAUGUGGUACACCCAUAUUGUCGAACACGGAUGACACUGAAUUUUGUAAUGUAGCUAUGGUUGUUUCCACAAGUUCUUUAACACAAGUUACAGUUCUUGUUACAUCCAUUAGUGUUACAUUUGACCCAGCAUACAUUUUUGCCACAAAUGAGGCUGAAAAAAUCUGAAAAAGUGGAAAUCAAUGUUGUCUCCACCUCAAACACGCACACACAGUCAUUCUUAAUCAAUGGCCCGACGUGAAAUGACUCGUUUCGUUUAGACCUAUGACAACGUUGAAAGAGCUGGGCCAAAAGGCACAUUUCCCAUGAGCCUUAUGACUCUGGCAAAAGAAGACAAAGUUCGGACGUGGACAAAAACAAACAGAGCUCGCCAGUCGAUAUCCAGCCUUCUAAAGACCAGAAGCGAUAAUAAACAGAUAUUGUCUGUUUGACGCGAUCCGUCUUCAAAUGCGGCCGCCAAAGGACGCGGUCUCUGAAUUGGGACGCAGUUACUCUCUGGUUAAAGGAGGCAUCAGUUUUAUCUUUCCCCCUAGUGUGUUAUAUAGUUAGACUUUCAUUCAACACACAGAAAAUAGUCAUUCGCCAUUUUACGGAAGGGCGUCAGGCACGUCUAGCGGCUGGUCUGGCACGCCCCCCGACAAAGCCGGGUAAAGCGAGAGUGAGAGAACUUCCUAGAUGCAUAGGAAGGGGUUGACCAAUCACAACAGAGCUUUUUCGGGAGGGAGGGCAGAUGACGUUCACCCCUCCGCGUCCAGACUGCAAAUGAAUCGUGCAUGUGCGAAGCCGCCGCUGGACGAUUCCGCCCUGGUUUACAGUCAGGGUGGGAUGUAAAUGUAAAAUUUUCUUUGUCUAAAAAUAAAUCACUGCAUUUAUUGUGACAUUAAAGAAAACAAGAAUCGACAGAAGAUAGUUCUAAACACAUGUGGGAUGUUUUUUACUCCCUUUUUGUAACGCCCCACGACGUUAUUCCUCUCGCCUACAGCGGCCAUUACAAUUACAUGCACAUGGCCAAUUAUGCAACUUAGGUGAUGCACUCUUAAGCGACUUCUGGCGAUUUUAGGACAGCCAAUAGCUACUUUCCUUACUGAGGAGUUGGCAACACUGCCCCCCCUGCUGGUCACGAGUGUGACUAAUUUGAAUGGGACGGGCAUCGGGACCCAGAGGAGAAGUGCAGCGGGGGCAGCCAACAUGGCGGACCAAAACAAGUCGGACGCGGAGAGGAGCUCCUUCAGUGAAGUGUUAAGCCCGUCCGAGCUGUUCGCCGCGCGGUCCAGGAGCCACAAGAUCCCGGUCCGAGGGCAGAAGGACUUCCUGCCCGACGGCUCGGAGGAGCAGCGGCAGCGGCUGGAGCAGAGUCUGAGCGAACACUGGAGCCUGGUAUCGGAGGAGAGAGUGGAGCGGCUAGGAAACCUAGUGAAGGCCACAUGGAUCCCAGGAGACCAGAUGGUGGAGCUUCAGUCUCCAGCUGGAAAGUUUUGGCAGACGAUGGGCUUUUCUGACAAAGGCAAACAGUGUCUCCUCCCUGAAGAAGCUCUGUACCUGAUGGAGUGUGGAAACCUGCAGGUGUUCUAUCAGGACUUGCCGCUGUCCAUCCAGGACGGCUACGAGAGAUUUCUGUCCUCCCGCACCGUGAGCCUGCGGCAGUAUCAGGUGUUCGGGCAUUUGAAGAGACUCGGCUACGUGGUGCACAGGUUCGAUGCCAGUUCGGAGCCGUCGUCCUAUGCGAGGCAGCUCAACCUGCCGCCGUCACGUGACAGAGCUGGAAAACAGCUGAAGAGGAAACGCAGCGGCAGCCCCACGGCCACCGCCACCGCCUCGUGCAGUCACAGUGAAGCACAAGAGGUUUCCACCGCUGAGAGGAUGGAGGAGGAAGAAGGCGAGGAAGAUAGAAAACUUCCAGAGUCACACUUGACAACCUCGGCAGAGACUCCGGAGGUCCAGACCUCCACCGCGACCGCCGCAGGUCCAGCAGGUGGUGCCGGCGGGGUUGGGGGCAGGAGCUGGUGGGCGGCAGCUGUUCUCAGGGCCUGGGACCAAGGAUCAAGUCACAACCCCACCUCUGCUUCCCCCUGCUGGGACCACAGAUCCAUCCCGUUCCCAGACCUGGGCUCCAGGGGGGUGGGCGACCGCCUAGCGUCUCCAGACCCGUCUCUGCUGCCUGCAGGUGUGGCCGUGGGAGUGUGUAACGUUGCCCCCUGGAGGCGGAAAAUAAACCUGCGGCAGGUGAAGAUGUCUUCAAAGGAGCAGAAGGGGCGGCGGCGGUGGGACGUCAACAAAGACAAACAGGUGCGUCGGUGCCGGAACUGGGCCGAGUACCAGGAGCUGCAGGCUAGGCGUCGGGGCGGGAGGCGCAAAGGUCGACCGGCUCACCUGUGGAACGCAGCAGUCGCUCCUCUACACGACCCGAGACGACCGAUCCCCACCAAGGAACUGUUGGAUAAAAUCAGUGUGGUAAAGUCUACAAAUCUGCUCGAGGGGGCGUCCAGGUUAACAGGCUCGGACGAGUGGAGGCUUUGUUUCAGUGUUUACCAGCCGGACACGGUGGCCGAGUUCAAGAAGAGCAACCCGGGCAAACCGUACUCCCGCAUUUGUGUGUGCAGUUUCGACGGCCCCGUGCCCGACCUGCGAGCCCUCAAGCUGCUGGCCUCGCAGAGCGCCGACGUCCCGGUGGUGUUUGCGGUGGUCGACCAAGGAGACAUCUCCUUUUACACCUUCAAAGACUAUCAGCUGCCGACCGAUGUGCACACAUGAGACUGUCGCUGUAGCGCACACACACACACACACACACACACACACAUUUUCAGGACUUUUAAAUAAAUCAGUUGCACUUUUGUGGGCUUUGUUGGUGCCAAAGAAAGUUUUGCGCCCCGGAAUUGUAUCUAUGGAGACAUAAGUUGAUUCAUGUAAAUUUUACACUUAAAAGAACCCUUUUUUAAAAAGUGGGUUUAUCUUUUUAUACUUGAGACAUAGUUUUUUGUUUCUUUUGUCUUCACCACCAACAGAUGACAUCAGUGGCGCUUACGUUAACUGUGAAGAAUAAAACAUUAACUUUUAUUCUUGAAAGGUGAUUUAGUUUACUGGACACAAAUGGUUUGUUGAGCAAUAAAAACUCAACUCUUUGACAUAUUUUUGCUCAAGGAUCUGUUGAUCAACUUUUUUCCUGGGCUUUCAUCCGCAGCUCCUGCACUUCUAAAUUUUUUGAUCUAAUUGUUGCAAACAUGUAAACGCAGCGGAGUUAUUCAGAUGUGGAAACCUGCAGUUCAUGUCUUUCGUGUGCAUUUUAAGAUAUUGAAAUAAUAAAAAAAAACAACCUUA